AUGAUUAAUACCUCUGAUAAUAGAAUUUUACAAGGGUCACAAUCAAGUAAUAUAUAUAAUGAAUUGAACAGAAGCGUCAGUGGAGAACAAUACAAUGUAUACUGUAAAUCAUUAAAUGGAACAAAAGAGAAUAUUCCUAAUUCAAAUUAUAAUCUUUGUAAAUUGAUUGCAAGAAAUGCAGAAGAUUUGUCAAAAAAGUAUAAAACACCAAGUUAUACUAAUCAAUGUUUUCAUAACAGAUACUGGGUAUAUUAUGAAUUAUGGAAAGUGUUAAAAAGCAUUUCGAAAACAGAAGAAUUAAAAUCACUUAGUGAUAAUUUCCUGGAAGCUCGUAAUAGUAUAAAUAGGGCUUAUAAUGCAUAUAAUUGUCUAUAUUCCUUUGAAAAUGAUAUUUUAGAAGGAUUAAAAGAUAAGAUAGAAGAGAAAUAUUUGUAUGAUUAUUUCACAAACUUUGAUAGUAUUAAAACAUCUGAUGCUUGUGAACGUGUUCAAUUAAAUAAAUAUACAAAUUAUCUUAAUUAUAUUAUUAUAUUAUAUAAUAAGCGUACAGCUCAGGAUUCCUGUUGCUUUGGUUCAUUCUUGAUGGAUUGUUUUGAUUAUUUUAAAUGCAAUGAUGAAUUUGAUCCUCGUAAACUGUUGUCAUCAUUAAAUAAAAAUGGAAAAAAUGAAUGUAGUAAUUUAGAAAAAGCCGAGGCACCUGAAAAUUUGGAUAGUUUAUCAAGUUUUCAAAAUUCUAGAUCACACAUUUUUAAUUCAUUUUAUACUGUUACAUGCAAAGGCAAUGGUAAUCUUAUUUGUAAAAUGUCUCCAUCUUAUGAAUCUCCUAAAAAUGUUAAUUCUAAUACAAAUCAUAGGUUACAAAGUGAUUUUAAUAGUUUAGUGUCACGGCCUAGAGCAGUUCAAUCUGUUGAAAUCUCAGGAGAAAAGCAAAAUAGAAGCGGCGAUGUAUCGGGCUUAUCUGCAAAUUCUGAACAAAAGGACACAUUACGGGAAGCUCCAAAUUCAUUAUCCUUAUCAGAAAAUGGGAAGAGUAAAGUAAAAAAGAUUUGUCCUGGUUACCAAUUUGGAGAAGGUUCACCUGGAUCAUGUGAAGAACCAAAUGUACGAGAAAGAGGAACUCUCGGAGGAAGAUGGGAAGAAUAUUCUCCCCAUAAAAAGGUUAGAUUCACACGAAGCAUCAAUGGUUUUUAUUAUCAUACAUUAGUAAAUAAAACUGAUACAAUUACCAACAAUUUUUUCAGAGUUGGUGUUGCACUUGCUUUGGCCACUGGAAUAAUUUUCACUAUUUUCCUUUAUUAUAAAUUUACUCCCUUUGGACGUCAUUUAAGAAAAAAAUCAUCCAGGAAUAAACGAAUUGAUGAUGAUGUUGAUAUAUCAUACUUGCGGCAGUUUAAAAUACGUGCACCAAAAACGGUAAAUAGAAAUAGGGGUAGUACAAGAUUACAAUUUGCUUAUUAUUCUAGGUGA